AUGGGCAUGACGUCGACACCGCGCCGCGCAACGCUCGAGGUCGACGCCGCGCCCGACGCGACGGCGACGACGACGACGGCGACCGCGGACGAGGACGACGCGAAAGCGAGGGCGUGGGUCGACGGGAGAGCGGCGACGGCGCGGGCGCUCGGGGUGGCGUGCGCGUGCGCGGCGCGCGACGCGCGGGCGGCUUCGGAGGCGCUCGGGGACGUCGCGCUCGAUCCGGAGAGCGCGCGGGCGGUGAGCGCGGUGUUGGGACCGUUGUUUUCGGUGAGCACGGUGUUGUUCAUCGUGCGAAUCGUCAUGACGUGGUACCCGAGCGUUCCGUACACGAAACUUCCGUGGGUCGUCGCGUACGCGCCGACGGAACCGUUGCUCAAGCCGACGCGGGCGCUCGUGCCGCCGGUGGGGGGGGUGGACGUCUCGCCGAUCAUUUGGGUGGGGAUGAUUAGUUUCAUGAAUGAGAUUUUGCUCGGGAAGCAAGGUUUGCUCGUGUUACUGGCGAAUAAGCAGUUGGGGUAG